UUAGUUGUGUUUGGCUCGCCAGGGCUAUUCCUGGUAUUGUUUUGAACGAACAGAUUAUUGUACAGGGUCCAAGUGUUGCAGCCCUUCCACCAUGGCAAUGGCAUUUGUUCCUGUUCUGGAGAAUGAUCUAAGGUCGCUGUGUCAGGAAGCACGCAGGAAGUACCCACCUGUGAAAGAGGCUGCCGAACGUGCCUUGCUGAAGUUACGUUCGGUGUCUGAUCCCGAAUCUCUAGCAAAGAGUGAUGAUGUCAUGCGUACAUUUGUUAUUGCAUGUGAGACAAAAAAUUUGAAGUUGACAGUUAUCGGGCUGGCAUGCCUUCAGAAGCUGAUUGCACAUGAUGCAGUUGCCCCAGCUGCACUGGGUCAAAUCCUUUCCGUUCUGAAAGAUAGCCCAGAGAGUUUUGAUGAGACUGUACAGUUAAAAACUCUUCAGACUGUCCUCACCAUUCUGCAGUCUCAAUUGCAGCCUGUAGAUGAGGACAGCAUGGCAACACUUUUAGGGGUCUGUCUUCGUCUUCUGGGAAGUAGUCGCAACUCGGACAGUGUGCAUAGCACAGCAGCUGCUACGCUGCGGCAGGCAGUUGCUUUGAUAUUUGAUCGUGUCCUUUUGGCUGAAGCCCUCCCCAGCAACCCUCGAGGCCAUCACACGUCAAGAUCGAACUCAGUGUCGGGAGAUGUUAGCAGAAGCAUCGCUCUGACAAAGUUGAUUGAUGAAGUUAUCAAUGAGGGAGGAAAGCAAGCUGUCCGGGACACUCUCACUCCUCAGGGUCGGAUGGGACUCAAGUUGUUCGAAGACCUCAGCUCAUUGGCCUGUGGGGGGCAGGCCACCUGGCUUGCCAUGUCCCCAAUGCCUCGAACUUUCUCGUUAGACAUGGUUGAGUAUGUCCUUUCCCACUAUGUCUCUCUCUUCCUCCGCCUUAGCCCAUUUACUCAGGUCCUCCGACAGAAGGUGUGCAGCCUCUUGAUCACGUCCCUGCGAGCCACAGGGGAGGUUGAGGGUGAGGUAGGGGAACCCAGUUUUCGGAGGCUGCUUCUACGGACAGUGGGCUCCGUUGUACGGUUCUACAGCUCGGUCAUCACAACAGAAGUGGAGGUGUUUCUCACGAUGUUGAUCAGGGCGAUGGACAUGGAGCUGCCACUAUGGUACCGGAUAUCUGUUCUUGAGAUAUUACGAGGAUUUUGCGUAGAAGCCAGGAUGUUGAAGACAAUCUUCCAGAUCUUCGACAUGCGACCAAAGAACACAAAUGUUGUUGCUGACCUGGUGGCAUGUUUGGCCAAGGUGGUCAGCAUUGUACAAGGGCCAGUAGCGGAGUCUGGGGAAGAGAGCCUGGUAGCUGUGGCAGGGAUAUUCAGCAGCAAGGCGCAAGGUGGUGUGGACUGGCAUAUGGACUUUGAUUCCAUGGGCAACCUUCAACUUCCUGCAAACGAGGCGCAUGCUAUUGCCCUGGCCUUAGAGGGGCUACUCGGCGUCGUCUUCACCAUUGCAACCCUGACAGAUGAGGCGGUAGACUCAGGAGAACUAGAUUCACCACACGUCGAAGAGACCAAUAGCGAACUGGUUGUCCCUCCUGGUGGCCUUGCUGAUAUCUGCCGGCAGAUGGUCGACUCCGUGUGGGUGACACUUUUGGAAGCGCUGUCUCUGAUGCUGUCAAAGUCAGUAGGUGAAGCAAUUGUCUUGGAAGUUCUCAAAGGAUACCAGGCAUUCACGCAAGCAUGUGGAGUUCUUUGCCUUACAAAGCCACGAGAUGCAUUUCUAGGUUCCCUUUGCAAGUUCACGCUUGCACAUCAGCAAGAGCCAGGCAAGUCCCCAGCCGAUGGGGAUGGGAGGGAGUGUGCCACGCUGACUGCCAAGAACAUUCAGGCGCUGCGGACGCUGUUCAAUGUUGCACAUCGAUUGCACAGUGUCCUUGGGCCCUCCUGGUCUCUUGUUCUGGAGACACUGGCUGCUCUGGACCGAACUGUGCAUGCCCAAGAUGGAUCAUUGCUGCCACGACCAAAUAGAGACAAUUCUAGUCAGUUCACUGACCUGUACAUCCUAUCCACCUUGGAUGCACAAUUGUUCGAGAGUAGUUCACUGAUGAGCGACUCGGCAGUGCAAUCACUCCUCUCGGCACUUCGGCAUGUCUGCAGUAACUCCCUUGCUGGUGUGACCACUGGACUGGGGUCAUCGGCAUGGAUGAGCACUGCAGGGGCAGCAACCUCCAUGGGGGGGGCUACGCAGGCAGUUCCCAAAAUGUUCAGUGUGGAGCGGAUGGUGGACAUUGUUGUGCAUAAUAUGCAGAGAGUAGACCGCCUGUGGGGUGAAGUUGUUGCGCACCUCCUUGAACUCUCAUGUCAUGAGAGUGCCCAGGUACGCAUGGUUGCAAUGGAUGCUCUCGAUCGGUGCAUAACAGCUGUGCUAGGCUCUGGAAAGAUAGUGGAGGAUGCACAUGCUGGAAGAGCCAGGGAGGCAUCUCAACAUGUCGAUGAUGCCCAGAAUACUGAAGUACAGACUAGCACCAAGCUUGGGGUUGUUCAGACAUCUGAUGAUCAAGCUUGCACUGACAAUGGGUGUGCUGUGAAAGAAAAAAGUGGCCUUUCUGUGAACGCUUCCGAAGGGUCCAUCUCAGGAACAGCGGAUGAAAAUGUCAAGGCAGUGCCAAGGGUGGUCGUGGAGAACACCUCUGAGCUUGAAGCUACAGAUAGCUUUGAGUGUAUUGUUAUCUUACCGUUGUCCAUGCUGUACCAUUCGGGACGGGAUGUGGAGGUGCGGGCUGGUGCCUUGAGAAUAGUCCUCCAUGCACUAGAGCGACAUGGUGAGAGACUCUUCUUUAGUUGGCCUAAGAUUCUUAAACUCCUCAGGGAGGUUGCUGACAGUGGUGAGAAAGACCUUGUGCCCUUGGGAUUCCAGGGCGUGACGUUGGUGCUGAAUGAUUGCCUAUCUGCACUCCCAAAAAGACUGGUGAAGUCGUGUGUGGAGGUGGCAGGUGCAUAUGGCUCCCAGUGCACAGAUGUGAACAUCAGCCUCACCGCCAUAGGUUUGUUGUGGACUACAGUGGACUACUUUGGGAGAAGGAAGGGCGUUGUUAGCGGAGGUGGAUGUCCAUCUGCCGUUCCUGGUGUGGAGGUGGAGGUGGGCAGGACUAGUCCAUGUGAUGGUGAUACGACCCUGGUAACAGAAGGGGAACGGCUGCAGGACGCAGACAUCAAGACUCGAGAUUCACAGCCACUGCAGCAGCCACCACUGCCAGAGCUAGAUGCCUUCAGUGAGGACAUGCUCCAUACCAUCUACUGCAUCAUAAAAAACCUGGGCACGGAUGAGCGACCUGAGGUGCGGAACUCUGCAAUCCGAACUCUUUUUGCGUCCAUCGUUAGCCAUGGUGCAAAGAUAUCCCAGGACUUGUGGCAAUUAUGCCUCUGGAAGUUGCUUUUUCCUCUUUUGGACACUGUACGGCACCUUGCAGCGACAUCUUCUCGGGAUGAGUGGGUUGGCAAGGAGCUGGGUAAACAAGGAGGCAAGCCAGUUCAUAUGUUGGUCCAUCACAGCCGGAAUACUGCACAGAAGCAGUGGGAUGAAACACUAGUGGUAGCGUUGUAUGGAAUGAGUCGCCUGCUGCGAUCGUUCUUGCCCAUUGUGCACAAGAUGAAUGGUUUUAGAUCUGCAUGGGAGUCGCUGCUGCAAUUUUUCGAGGAGAGUGUGUUGGAAGGGAGCAAAGAAGUCGCCCUGGCUGCUGUGAAUUCGCUGUUCACAAUCUUGCAGGCCAAUGGUUUGAAAGGGACUGUUCCAAAGUUUCACUGGGAGACCGCACUGGGAACGCUGAAUGUCAUUGCGAGAAACUCUGCUCACUCUGACAGCCGAGUGCCACUUAAAGCUCGAUCGGAGCUGCUUGAGGGCCUUGGCUCCUUGUACAAAUCUUGCUAUCCUUUGUUCACUCCAAAGGAUUACCUGCUCGCAUUGUCAAUGUUGGACGUCCUCAUCAGGCACCCAAUUCUGCAAGGAGAUCCAUCUGUGCACACAUCUGCUGUUUUGCCACAGGUGCAAAGAACUGUUCUAGAGGUCCUGCCCUUGAUGUAUCCCCAAGGAAAGCAAUUGGAGAUCAUGUGGCCGGAGUUCCUGCGUCAGCUGCUUACAUAUCUUCCUGGUGGGGAUGGGGUACUGUGUGAACACCUUCACAUUGCCCCGGAUCGCACACAUCCGCUGGGAGAUGGACAAAGUAGUGGUGGCUCACUGAUGUUUCCAGCAAAUGGGCAGGACCGCAAAGCUCCGAGCCAACCGGAUAUGCUAUCAGAGCGUACAAAAUCAGGUGGAAGUCCAAGACGUGUGGGCACUGCGGAUGCUGCUCCCAGUGCUUUAUCAUAUGGAUUUGCCGAGAGGAUUGUUGCUUUGCUGGUUGACCUUUACAUCAGUCAUGUCACCCCUUCAGCUCGAUCUCAAGUUCUCCCUGACAUUCUCGGCGGAUUGGGGAGGUGCAUGGCUAUUAGGAGGGAUGAACCCAAACUUGCUCUUUGGAGAACGGCAGUAGGUGGCUUUGAGAAGGUCCUUGAGACAUCUCUUCUUCCUGACUCCGCAACUGGCAGGCAGGGUGCCUCCUAUGAGGUACGGCCAGAACAACAAAGCCAUGGUCUCCAACACCCUGUGCAUAGCGGGAGCUUGUAUGUUGAUGCUGAUGUCGAAGCAGGAUGGAGGCUGCGGAUGUGGAAGGAGGUUGUUGAUCUGUUUGAAGGCUUCUUAGUGGGAACAUGUGGCCGUGCCAUGAUUACUCAGGCCUCUGAGCGGAUAAGCCCUGAUCAACAAAAAGCAGAUGAGCAGCUGGAGUUCUUGGUGCUGGACUUGCUUUGUGACAAAGUUCUGGUAUCAUGCCAAGACGCACCCAUGGAUGUCAUUGGACGACUUGUAUCCGUUGUGGACCAAUGUGCAGGUCGUACCUCAAGUCUGCCAGUGCAAAGUGUGGCUCUGCUUCCCCAACACUGUGGCCGCUUCUCCCUAGCAUGCCUGCGUAAAGUCUUUGGAAUGUGUGAGCGGGGCUCGUUGCAGGAUUCUGAAUCAUCCUCGGCCAUACGGGUUGCCAAGGUUGCAUUACCUGUCUUGAUCAGUAGGUGUGAGUCGAUUUUUAAAAGAUUCUACGAGGACGAGGAACAGACACACUUGAAAGGAAUGCCGUCAAUACGGAUGGAAGAGUUGAUAUGCUUGUUACAGGAGCUUGCCAGACUGGUGCUCCAUCCCAUCGUGGCAGCAUCUCUUGAUGUUCCUGUUCAUGUUCAAGAGGAGAAGGGUCCACUCAUGGCAGGUGCUCAUCCUUGUCUCUCAUCCUCGGCAAGGGACAUUUCAAUGAAACGACACAGAGGAGGAUCGCCCUCAUCUGUAGCAGUAUGGGGACCAUUAGCAUCAGAGUCACCCCGGUCAUUGUCAUCAUCUCCGCGCUCUGGACAUUACCAGGGUGCACACGACGCUCAGAUGCGGAUAGUUGGGCGAGAGCGUACUCAUCUGCUCUUGUUGUAUACCCCCUUGUGUGAGUUGAUUGUGUGUGAUGACAUGCAGGUACGCGAGUUGAUGCGAGUCCUCCUCAGACUUGCAGGUGGGGAGCUGGGACUUCUGAAAAACGCGGCAAGUUGACUUUCUGAUUACCAUCACUAGUGGGCCAGGGAAGGCAAAAAAAUAGAUAGGUAGCCAGAAACAUAGAUAUAUGGAUAGAUAGACAUUGUAUGUGCUGCUUUUUUUUUUUUUUUUUAGGGUUGUAUGUAAAAAAUGCAUCUUUGAAUUUUCUUGCAAGGUGUUGCAGAUUGGAAUAAAUCAUUUCUCAUAUAAGUUUUCGCUUGGAGAAUUUUUGUCUUUGAAGAUCAUCAGAGCAGGUAGUCAAUCUGAGUUGUGAAUUUAUUGUCGUUGGUUGGAAGGACAUAGUGCUCUUGGAGGCUUGUAUGUCACUUUGUCUA